AUGGAACUUCUGGAUGAUGUGGAGUGGGUGCCAGUGGUGCAGGCAUUUCCCAACUACAUGCAGUUGUACGACAAGGUGGCCGCCAUCGACAAGUACGGCAUGCGGCUGCUCAGCGACGUGCUGCAGCUGCGGGCGCAGGACACGUUUGUGGCCAUGAUGCCCAUCCCUAUGAGUCCCGCAGGAGUAUCCGAAACGGCGUCAGCUGCGGCUGCAGGAAAGGGAGAAGGAGGGGGAAAGGUGUUCCCAUACGCAAUGGCGUGGCCCUUUACCGUGGUGCGGGGCGCAACCGACGGUGGAGGCGUGCUCGCGCAUGGUGCACUGCUUACACUCACGGAUAUGUUCACCUCGCUCCACAUGAUGCUCGCGCUCCUCCCCGCGAUGCUGGGGCACGUGUCGGUGUCGCUGCAGUGCAACACGCCGCGGCCCAUGCGGGAGGGGGAGAAGUUUGUCGCCGUGACACGCAUCGAUAAGAUGGGCAAGCGACUGAUGUUCUCCACCGUCGAGUUCCUCUGUGGGACGCCUGCAGCAGCUUCGGCGGAGCAAGAGAAGCAGAUGGGAAAGGGAGAAGCAAUGGAAACAGGUAGUGGCAUUGCGACCGCUGUACGUGGUCGCUGCGUCUGCGCCAACGCGAAGCACGUGAAGGCCAUGCUGCCACCGAACGUUGCGACGACAAAGCCCUCGUGA